AUGUCAGAAAUUUUGGGGUCAAACCCAAAUCUGUUUUCAAAUAGCCUCAUUUACUCGACUGUUCAACCAUUCAUGGAUGAAGAAAUCGAACACGGUGACAUCCAAUUUGUUGGAAAUGAUAGGCAAUAUGAAGAUUGCGUGUCACUAGUUGAGAACAACGAAUUGGGUGAUAUAGUCGUUCAGUUGCCACAAGGUGAUCAGGAUUCUGACAAGGUAUUGGUUAAGCAAGAAACGCAAUCAACUAUCAUGGGAGAUUAUUUUGACGAAAAACUCGAAUUUGAGCAAGAUAAUUUGUUCAAUCUGAAGGACAAUGACCAAACUUCUCAAGUCGAAUCCAUGGCCGCGGUGACGAUGCAGCUUGACGAAUUACCAUGGAGUUUGCCACCGGGGUUUGCACAGCGAGAUACCAUUCUUCGACCAUUUUAUUUUAAAUAUAUGAAUUUAAGCGAAGAGCAGAUUGCUUACGCGAUCGAGACAAAGUUGAACAUUAAUUCUUUAUCGACUCCUUAUUCAGCGUCGUCAUCAUCAAUCGCGGAUCAAGAGAAUGCGUUUCUGAAUACGUCCCCUUUACCAAUCGCAUGUGAUGAUUGGAAUUCUUCGAAUGACUCGGUGGAUGCGAUUUUUAGGGACUAUGUUCACGUGUCUGAUGAAUCCCUUAUAGGAGAGCAGGAGUUGAUGAAAAAGUGUCUCUGGUCAAAGAAAAACCACACGAAUGCUCAGAUGACCGCGUCAGCAUUAGACGGUGAUCAACAGAAUGACAAGAUUACGAACGAAGAAGUUAAUAACGCCAAAGACGAACAGGAAGAAUGCCAUUCACCCAGUUCAGACGCUCGAUUGGCCGCCUUACUAUUAGAAAGUAAUCAGCAAAGUGACGAGAUCACGAACGAGGAAGUUUCAGAUUUUUGUGAUACGGAUACCGAAAUAGACGCGUCAGCAUUGAACGAUGGUCGACAAAACGACGAAAUCGCGAACGAAAAAUCUAUUGAUGCUAAGGAGGUGGAAGAAACAUGUCUUUGUCCCAAUCGGAGUAGCCAACCAGCCACACUGGCAUUAGAUCACGAUCGACAAAAUGACGAGAUCACGGAUGGUAGAGGGUCGAGUGCUAGGAAAAAGUCGGAUUUGACGGAAAAGUGUCUUAUAUCCGAGAAGAUCAAUUCCAAUGUUCAACAAACUGCCUCAACGUUAGAUUAUUAUCAAGAAAAUGACAAAAUCGCGAGUGGAAGAAAUGCAGAUGUUGAUGAAGAACAGGAAUUGGUUGAGGAAUGCCUUUUACUCGAGAAGAUCGAUCCAGACAAACAGUCGACCGAACAAAUCCUAGAUGAGCAACAAAAUGAUGGAAUCAUGACCGAAGAAAUUACGAAUGCCAAGGAAGAGCAGGAUGUUCAGAUUAAGAUUGAGUCAACCACACCGACAUCUGAAAACUUUGAUCAUGAUCUUAAUGAUAGUCCCAAGUUUAUAUCUUUUUCUCCUUCUCAAACGCCGCCUUCUGUUUGCAAACGUAACAUUAGGCUCGAGAAGUUAUUCCAUUUUCAAAGACCAUCACUUCUUGAUUCGCCCUCAACAUUUGAUAGGAAUCGAAAUGCCAAAAAAUCUCAUGUAGGAGUUGAUGAUAGAUCUCUAAUGAUCUUUAAAUAUGAAAAAUUAAAUUCUACUUCUUCUACAUCGACCAUCAUCAAUGAUACGUCCGUAGCUCGUCCUCAGGCAGAAUCAUCUAUUACAUCAAAUAAACUUAACGGGGUACUUCUCACUCAACCUCAACCAUCAAUUGUGCCGACUGAUGACGAUGUUACUAGUUCUCAGGAUCAAUUAUCUGUUCCUUUGAUAAAUACCAACGACGGACGUCAACCAUCAAAUUCCAUAAUUAUUUCUCACCAGGAAACUGUUGAUGUUGCUUCCUCCGGGCUUCACGAGGAACAACUCGUCACGUCGGAUCGAAACGUGGCAAAACCAUCAAAUGAAAGAUCAAGAUCAGUUGAUAGAGAAUCUUCGAUUAUCCCAGUCAGUCGAAGUUCGAGUGUCGAUCCGUCAUGGCGUUACGCAACCAAGAAGACUCGUUCAAGAUGGACGUCCACGGAACUGAAAGCAUUAGAACAAGGAAUGGAAUUAUUUGGAACCAGUUGGGCCCAAAUAAUAGAAAAAUAUGGGAGGGAGAAUGGUCCCCUGAGCAAUCGCAAUCCCGUGCAGUUGAAGGAUAAAGCACGUAACGAGAAACUUAGGCGAUUAAAAAUGGAAUUGCCUCUGGGAAUUUUCGAGAAAGCUACUGGUGGGAUUGAGAAUGAAUAG